AUUAAAAAUAAAAAUUACAAUUCAUUUCCACUUUUCUUUUCAUUUUUUUAUUGCGUUUCUGAUUCUGACCAAAACCAAAAGGGGGUUCGUCCUCAAAUCCACGCCAAGAAAAAUACAUACAGGAAGGAAAAGCAAGGGGAAAAAGUGGCUUCUUCGUUUCUUUCUUCUUCCUCAUCUUUUUCUUCUUCUUCUUCUUCCCAUUUCGUACUUUUCCUUCUGUUGCCAUAACUUCUGCUCUGUGGAGUUUUAUUAGCGCGCAGGGCCAAACCCAGUGGCCAUCGCAGCUCACCCUCAUAGAGGAAGGGAGAUGGAGAUGAUGAUGUAUUAUGGGGGAGCUAAGUCUUCGUACCAGGACUCUCUGAAAGUCUUGGAAGCUGAUAUACUGCACGCCAAUGCCCUAGCUGCUGCGAUACCAAGUUCCAAGGGCGGUGCCCGUCUUCAAAUGAAGUUGGUUUACAAUCACAUGGCACCCCUCUUUCUGUUUUUGCUGCAGUGGCUGGAUUGUUCCUGCACUUGCCUUCACCCCAGAUAUCUAAACCUCUUCCACAUACUAGUCUACCAGGUGUACACAGAUGGGAGACCGAAUAUAUCAACACAUGUGAGGAAGGCUACCAUUCGAGAUUUCUAUGCUGUUAUAUUGCCGUCCCUUCGGCGGCUCCACGGUGACUUGAUGGAGCUGGAUGAUGCAAAGGAUGGGAACCAUGACAUGAUGAUUCUUAGCAAGAAGAGGGUGGGAAGAGAUAGCGGAACUCCUAAUGUUGAUUUGGAGAGGGAAGAUGAAUGUGGGAUUUGCUUGGAGCCUUGUGCUAAAGUUGUCUUGCCUAAUUGCUGCCAUGCCAUGUGCAUAAAUUGCUACCGUGAUUGGAACACAAGGUCAGAGUCCUGCCCUUUUUGUCGUGGUACCUUGAAGAGAGUCAAUUCAGAAGACUUGUGGGUUCUCACCUGUAACAAUGAGGUGGUUGAUGCUGAAACUGUUUCCAAGGAAGACUUAUUGCACUUUUACAUCUAUAUCAACAGCUUGCCGAAGGAUUCCCCAGAUGCACUUUUCCUAGUGUAUUAUGAAUACUUAAUUUGAUUUGAAGUAAACAAAGAAUGGUGUACAGGUAGAAAAGCCGACCUCCAAUUGUAAGUAGUCUUAGGUUGUUACUCAAAAUUACCACUCACAAAAUUGACUUGUGAGGAGUUUAGAAAAUUCAAUGUAAGAUACCCUCAUAAUUAAUAUUAGGGUUCUUGUUACUGUAAUUUUGAGUCCUCUGCAAUGUUCACUCAAUGAAAAUGCAAGAAAUAGCACAUAAAUCUGAGUUCCUUUCCG